GCUAUCCUUUUGAGUACUCGUUAGUUGCAUCACUUAGGAGUUAACUUUUUAGUUUUAAUCCAGCUUUACCUCACAGCAAUACUGCGACGGACAAACAUUUAUCCCCAUUUUUAUGUGAACUUGUUGAACAGUCUAGGAAACCCACCUAAGGUUCCACAGUGAUGGCUCACGAAGCAAUGGAAUAUGAUCUUCAGGUGCAGUUAGAUCAUAAUGCUGCCGAACAGCCUGCUCCAUCUGAAGUGGUCAACAGUCAAGGGGGACCACCCCUGCUUCAGCCUGCUUUGGCUGAAGUGGUCAGCAGCCAAGGGGGACCCCCCCUGCUCCAGCCUGCUCCUGCUGAAGUGGUCAACACCCAAGGGGACCCUCACCUGCUGCAGCCUGCUCCACAAGUGUCCAUUGACCUGACAGAGGAAGUGGAGCUCUUGGGAGAAGAGAAUGUGCAGAACAUCAAUCCAGGAGCUUCAGAGGAGCAUGGGCAGGAGUCUGGUGCUAACCACACUAUUCGAGUAGCUUCUUUGGAGUCAAUGAGCAGCUUCCUUAAUGGGCUACAGAGACUUCAUGGCAUGCUAGAAUUCCUGAGACCACCUUCAGACCACAAUGUGGGGCCAGUGAGAGCCAGGAGGAGGAGAGGGACAGCUUCACGCAGAGUGAGAGCUGGAGGGUCUCAGAGGACGGACAAUGCCAGGUCCAGAGCGCCGCUGGAUGCUUACUUUCAAGUGAGCAGGAGCCAGCCUCCUUUGCCAACCACCUCUCAUGAUUCAGAGGCUAGCAAUCCUGUCUCUGAAGACUUGCAGGUAUCCAGUAGUGCUGAUUCCGACAGUGACAGUUCCAUAGAGUAUGAAGAGGCUGUCGUCCCUGCAGAGGAACCUGGUGCUGUUAUUUUAGAAGAACCAGCAGGCGAUGUUUCAGCAGAGCAAGAAGUUGUAUGUAUGGGAAGAGAGACCCUCGCCAAGGAGCAGUCUCCCCAGAAGUCCGGCUCUCUUCUGCCUUCGGCUUAUACAGAUGAGGAAGAAGAAGGGGACACUUGCACAAUAUGUUUAGAACAGUGGACCAAUGCUGGGGAUCACCGGCUUUCUGCAUUACGCUGCGGGCACCUCUUUGGGUUUAGGUGCAUUUCUAAGUGGCUCAAAGGACAGACACGAAAAUGUCCCCAGUGCAACAAGAAAGCCAAGCACAGUGACAUCGUUGUCCUUUAUGCCCGAACCCUGAGAGCUUUGGACACUAGUGAACAUGAGCGCAUAAAAAGUGACUUACUACAGGAGCAGAUGCUAAGGAAGCAGGCUGAGUUAGAAACAGCACAGUGCCGGCUCCAACUUCAGGUCCUCACUGAGGAAUGCACUAAGCUUCAUAACCGUGUCCAGGACUUGCAAAAACUUAUUCUGCAACAUCGGGAUAAGCUAUUACGGCGUUUCAGGGGCUCCCAAGCAGCAUCCCAAAGCAGCUCGCGCCCACACAAGUACUGUUUCCAGAAGACUUUCACGGUAUCUCAGAGUGGAAACUGCCGAACUAUGUCCUACUGUGAUUCUCUGAGCUGCCUGGUAGUUUCACAACCUUCUCCUCAGGCCACCUUCCUUCCAGGUUUUGGUGUUAAGAUGUUCAGUACUGCCGACAUGAAAAGCAGUCAGUACAUUCCCAUGCAUAGCAAACAGAUCCGUGGACUGGCUUUCAGCAAUCGGUCCAAUGGCUUACUUCUCUCUGCUUCCCUAGACAACACUAUUAAACUGACCAGCCUGGACACAAAUACAGUGGUCCAGACUUACAAUGCCGGACGGGCUGUCUGGAGCUGCUGCUGGUGUCUUGAUGAAAACAAUUACAUCUAUGCUGGACUCGUCAAUGGUUCAAUUCUGGUAUAUGACCUUCGAAACACGAGUUGUUAUGUCCAGGAAUUAAUACCUCAGAAAGCCAGGUGCCCACUGGUGUCCCUGUCAUACAUACCCAGAGCUGCCUCGGCUGUGUUUCCAUAUGGCGGAGUGUUGGCUGGAACCUUGGAGAAUGCUUCCUUCUGGGAGCUAAAAACGGGCUCUUCUCACCGGCCUCAUGUGCUACCCAUAGAGCCAGGGGGCUGCAUAGACUUUCAGACAGAGAGCAGCACCCGACACUGUCUGGUAACCUAUAGGCCCGAUAAAAAUCAUAAUACCUUACGAAGUGUGCUGAUGGAGAUGUCCUACAAGCUGGAUGAAGCUGGAGAGCCAGUCUGCUCCUGCCAUCCUGUGCAGACAUUCCAGGGGGGACCCACUUGCAAACUGCUGACCAAAAGUGCUAUUUUCCAACACCCAGGGAAGAGUGGCAGCAUCCUGGUGUGUACUGGCGAUGAAGCAUCAAAUUCUGCCCUGCUUUGGGAUGCUGGCAGUGGCUCCUUGCUGCAGGAUCUGCCGACUGAUCAGCCUGUCUUGGACAUCUGCCCUUUUGAGGCAAACCAUAGCAGCUACUUGGCUACCUUAACAGAGAAGAUGGUUCAGAUCUACAAGUGGGAGUGACCCUGGUCUUAAAACUUACAAGGCAUGCUCCUGGUUAAUGUUCACUGUUAUUUACUAGCACCUAACAGCCUUGAGCAAGUUCCCUACUUGUCUGUGGCCUAGAACUUUUGGAAACAAUGUUUCUUUAGAUUAGUAUGACUGUCUGCUGGACCACAGAGGGUACCUUCCAGCAGUUUUUUAGGAUAUGAUUGUCCACCAUCCAUUUUGUAGCCCCUGCUUGAGUAGUCUUGUCACAUGGGCUAUUUGGUUUGGGAAUGCCUAUGUCCCUGAAGGGACUAAACAUUUGAUGCUGCGUGGAUGCAGAAGUCUUCAGUUGAACACAAGAGGGCACUAUAACUUGCAUAGGAUUUGAUCUCAUUCUGACCUUCUGGGUUGACAACCUUUUAGUAACUUGGUUUCAUCCCCACAGAAGUGUAUAAUAGAGCACAUCUGGUUUACUUUGGCAACCACAGUUAUGUUCCAGUUGUGCAGUGUUAGGAUAUUGGUAUGCCCCGUGAUGGAGGCAGCUGGUGAGCUACGGACAACUUUCCUAAUGCCGAGUGCAUUAAAUUCAUUGGAUUGUGAAAGCCAAGGAAAGAGUGCAGGUAUUUGAGCAGUGGGGAAGCUUUUUUUUUUCCUCCCCUCUAGCCAGCCUAGGAUCUCAGGAGUGGACCAUUCCUUUUCCAUGUCAAUAGGAAAAGAUGAGUGAGUGAUAUGUUAAAGCUCUUGAAUCUCCUAGGAUCAUAUCAGGACUGAUGGAUGGACUAACUAAAAGAGACUUACAAAAGAGAAGUUGCUCAGACUGCUGCCGUGCUGCAAACAGGAGAAGGGCUUGUUUCUUCUGUUCCAAAAGAGUUCCUACAUGAAUAAAGCCACCCCUUCUGAGUGAGGGGCUGUUCUUGAGCGUGUAAAGCCUUCCCUCUGUAAAAAUAAUGUUCAAUUCCAAGUUCUUUUGAUUUGCCUCCCUUCCUGAUCUUUUCUAAAAGUGUCAGUGAGCAGUUAUUCUCAGGAAGGUAAUAGUGGUUGGAUACCUGUGAGUUGCAGGAGAUGCCCAUUAACGUUUUUUUAAACUCUGGAUUGUCCAAAUUUGGGCACUGCACUUUUUUCCAGUGGAGGGCUCAGGAGUAUGAUUUUCUUAAAUAAUUGUUAUAGAAAUGUUACUGUUUUUAUUUUCAAGUAGUUAUGACCUGUCAGUUUCUGAGCCAUUUCCAGCAUUUCUCUCUAGCAGGGGGUUAUUGCAGUAGAUUUCCCCAGAGUUCCAAUUUCUAGUUGUGCCUUUUACAGAGUGGCCUUCUAUUUUAGGGAUUUUUUUGAAAGGCCAGUUUUCAAGGCCUGGGAAAGAGCCUCCUUUUCUCAGAGGAGAUACUCCUUUUGGUAAGGUAAUAGUUCAUUUGCCCAGGCCUAGAGCUUCAAUGGCAGAAUGGGAUUUGAAUUAAGAAAAAGCAGAACACAUCUGGUUUCAGUAGAUUGUCACAGAGAGGGAUGCAGAUGUUCAAACCCUGGCUGCCCUUUUUCUUGGGCAGCAGUAGUAUUUGACUAGCCUUGAAGUACACUCAAGGGAUGCUGAUUGAGUUGCCUAAGCACAGCAGCCAAGGGACGUACUACCAGAGACAUUGGGUGAAUCUCACUUCUUGCCAAUUCUUGCAUUUCUGCAAUAAAUUUGUAUGUUUUAGAAACAAAUUCAUGUGACUGAUUUCUUCAAAGGAAAAAAAAAACAACCUCACCUUUAGCCACCCUCCAACACCGCAGCUGUCAGGAGAUUGUAGACCCAGACUCUGCAGUCCUGGUAGACCCGUUCCUGUACAGCACCCCGCUCUUCCUACCAUGUUUCGUCAUUGCUGUCUCUAAGGUUGAAAAUAUCUUGUUGUAUAUAUCCUUUUACCUGCUUUGAAAACGGGACAGUAGGAUCUUUGUUAGUGUGUUUCAAUGUUUGUGUGUUUUAUAUUUUGAUCUCAAUGCAAAAAUAAAGAACCUAUCACAUUAAA